CUUCAUAUAUAAAAAUGCUUGUAUGAAAAGUGUGUCGAAAAUUAUGUGUAAUCUUAUGUGAAAAUAAUAUCAGAUUCAAAUUUCUCGUGGAUAAAUUGUACAUCAAAAGAUAUACAUAUAUUAAAUGCAUGCCGUGGAACACAGUACGGAAAACUUUAAAUUAUUAUAUUUUUCAGAUCUCUGGUCUUGAUACAAAUGUAAAUUUUUUGAUUGAUUUGGCAUCACAUCCAUCAUUUCAAGCUGGUGACGUUCAUACGGGUUUCAUUGAUACACAUUUGGAUUCACUCUUCCCACCGAUACAAAUUUCAGAUGAAACCAUCACUCAAGCCAUUGCAGCAAUAGUAACAAAUGAAAGAUAUGUGGCAAUAGCUUUGUCAAUUAGACAAGGUUGCAGGGGUUCACCGUUUGCAGCUUGUGAUGGAUUCAGACUAAAUUCGUAUUUAGAACGAACGCUUAGUAUUGAAUCAAACGGUCAAAAGUACAACAUUCACAUUAGAUAUGUUGGAUCAAACUACGAAAUUAAAAUUGAUGACAACGAUUGGAAGCCAUUUUCAAUUAAUUCCGUUAAGGACUCAUAUCCAAAUCGAUUCACUUUAAAACUGCAUUUGGAUGGAAAGGAAUCAAUUUUCUCAACCGUUAUCAAAGACAAUUACAUCGAUAUUUUCAACCAAAAUGGUAGAAAUGAAUUCUCUUUAGUGUUGCCAAAGUUUUUUACGGAAUGUUCAACAGAUGGUUCAACAGAUGGUGAGACCGACAAAUCAUCAGAUAAAGUGGUGUCACCAAUGCCUGGUAUUUUCGAUAAAAUUUUGGUAGAGGUUGGUGAAUGGGUUGAAGUCGGACAGCCCGUUGCCGUUAUCAUUGCAAUGAAAAUGGAAUACGUUCUCAAAGCACCGAAAAAUGGGACAAUUAAAAGUGUUAGCAAAAAGCUGGGGAAUAGUGUUAUUAAAGGCGAAAUUAUUGUUGCAUUUGAAUGUGAUGAACAAAAACCAAAGAUUUAAUUGUUAAAAUGUUGAAGAAUGUUUUUUUAUCGAACUAUUUUGAGGAAAUAAUAAAUAUAUAU